AUGGAGCUGGAUAUUCUGCCCAAUAACAAUGAAGAAGUAAAAGUGAUCGAUUCUGCCUGGAAGGCAGAAGAAAUGAUCAAUGUUUCCGACAUCCUUAAUUCAAGGCCCCAGGGGAUGAUAAAAGAUGAUAUGGGGGGAAAUUCUAAAUUGCCUCUUAAAGUGUGUUUGGGGCUUCAGGUGCACUGGAAGGUCUUCCCUGGAGCAAGGAGCAAGGAGCAAGGAGCAGGGAUAGAGCCCAUGGGCAGGGUUACUUUGGAUAAGCUGAAGAGUCAAAGUAAUAUGGCCAGAACUUGGCAACUCUUCGGAUAUGAGGAGCUGACAAUGAGAAAAGAGUCGAUGCUAGGAUGCCAUUGUGGAAGCCGAAGCCGCACCUCCUGCAGGGCUCCUCCCACCAGCCGGGCACCUCAGAUGAGAGCUACACCCAGGCCAGCACCAGCAGCUCAGCCGCCAGCAGUGGCACCCCCAUCUACAGUUGGCUCUCCUGCUGCUGCGCCCCGGCAGCCAAGUCUGAUGACCCAAGUGGCAACCACUGCAGCUGGCAUAGCUGUAGGCUGUGCUGUGGGGCACACACUGAGUUAUGUCGUUACUGGGAGCUACAGUGGAGGAAGUAAUGGUGAGCCUGCAAAACCUGACAUCACUUACCAGCAGCCUCAAGGAACCCAGCCAGCACAGCAGCAGCAGCCUUUUUUCCAUGAGAUCAAACAGUUUUUGGAGUGUGCCCAGAACCAAGAUGACAUCAACAAGCUCUGUGGGGCUUUCAAUGAAGUUCUCAAACAGUGCAGACUUGCAAACAGAUUGGCCUAA